AUGGAGGAAUCCAAGGAAGUGAGCAACCGAUCCCCUUACAGGUCCUUGCCCAUUGAGCUCAAGACCAUGAUUCUUACCGAGGCCAUGUCUGAGAAGGUUGUGACUGUGUGGAAGAACCAUAUCCUGGAUGCACCCGUUGCUGAGAGAUCCCUCCUCCAAGUCAAUGCGGAGACGAGGGGCAUUCUGAGACACAAGGAAAACAAUGGGUCUGGGGUAGAGAUGGGCAACUUUCCCGAUGCCCUCACUUUUCACGCCAGCAGCAGAGACCAGACAGUUCGACUCGACUUGGAAUCUGCCAUCCUUAAGGUCUUUGACAUGGAACUCCCCAUGGUGGAGGUGCGGGAAGGCGAGUCCGAAGACCCCUGGAUCGGUUUCUUCGGAGAGCAGUUAGUUCUUCCCCUCCCUUUCCGAAGAGUCAUUUCAAUUUCGAAAGAUGGUUGGAGAUUUCCGUGGAACAAUCUGCUGCGAACGAAGUAUCCCGAGGCUUCUACGGCGGAAAGAUUGCGAUUCAUGGCGCUGAAACCCUGGCCGGUGAAAGCCAACCUGCCUCACGUCAAGGAGGUGACACUUGUCACCAGGUUCGGCCCAGCAGACUUCAUGCUCAACGGGUUCAAGGAGUGGACCAUCUUCAGUGAUAAACUGGCUGCCUAUGCACUCGGGGCUGAUCCCGAGAAAGGUAUCUGGCUUGGGUUCCGCUACUUCAAGGAAACGGGUCGUAUUCAAUUCACGCCCCUAAUCGCAGACGACGCCAGCUUUGCACUUUCAGAGGCCAAGAAGAUCUACCGAAACAGACUCCCCCAUUACGACGUCGAAAAUCCGCUCGUGAUCAAAGUAUCGAUCAUCGAACGUGGAGAGAGCCCGGUUGAUGAGCCACAUCACAUGUGGACAGAUCUUCAAGAGCCGGACCAAAACGACAACAGCUGGGUCCAGCAAGCUUGCACAGCCUGGAAAUUCGCGCGACGAAUAUGGUUGACUAAAGUACAUGCUAAGACAAUCCUGUAUUGUGACGCCCCGGAAGACGCGGAAUCGUACAUGAAUGGGCUGAUGGAUGAUGUGGAGAACGACAGUCUGGAUGAGCUGGUCGACCAUGAUAUGGAAUAUCUGGACGAUAGCAUGGAUGAAGACAGCGACUAG